AUGUCGAUGGGGCUGGAGAUCGGUGGGGUGGCUCUGUCGGUGGUGGGCUGGGUGGGCACCAUCCUGUGCUGUGCACUGCCCAUGUGGAGGGUGACUGCCUUCAUGGGGAACAACAUCGUGACAGCCCAGAACGUCUGGGAGGGGCUGUGGAUGAACUGCGUGGUGCAGAGCACGGGCCAGAUGCAGUGCAGGGUCUACGACUCCAUGCUGGUGCUGCCCCAGGACCUGCAGGCAGCUCGCGCCCUGGUGGUGAUCGCCAUCGUGCUGGCCAUGCUGGGCCUCAUGGUUGCCCUCAUCGGAGUGCAGUGCACCAGGUGCGUGGAAGAUGGGACCACUAAGGCCAAAAUCACCAUCGUGUCUGGGGUGAUCUUCUUGCUGGCCGGGAUCAUGACCCUCAUCCCCGUGUGCUGGUCGGCCAACACCAUCAUCCGCAACUUCUACAAUCCUUCGAUGUUAGAGUCACAGAAGCGGGAGCUGGGAGCCUCCCUCUACGUGGGCUGGGCAGCUGCAGCACUGCAGCUGUUUGGGGGGGCUUUGCUCUGCUGCUCCUGCCCCCCCAAGGAUGAGAAAUACACUCCAGCCAAGAUGGCUUACUCUGCUCCUAGAUCCACUGGGCCCAGCUACGACAAGAGGAACUACGUGUGAGGGAGGCAGCCCAGCACCCCUCCUGCCUGCCCUGAUCCAUUCAUCAGACUGCUCCUGACUUCACUGCCUCCCCCGCUGCUCUCUGUAGCCCUUAAAACCCCCGGGGAACACAGCCACCCCUUGCUGCCCCAAGGACAACAGUUGGCUGGCUGCUCACCAGACUGAUUGUCAUUCCAAGGGCUGGGUGGAGGAGGAACUGCUCUUUCUCCCUCAGGGCUGCUGGCGAGGGGAAGCAAGAUCCUGGCUAAGACUCUCAUUUCUGUUUGUAGAUACUUUGUCUUUGAUCUAUUGCACCCCAACUCUGAGACACCCUCAUCCCCACUGGCUGGAGAAACCCCACUGUGCUCCGUUCCUCCUUCAAACCCAACGGAUUCCUCCAGCUGGCUCAGCUGGCAAACACUCUGCCUGAGAGUCAGGCCCAAGGGCAGG